AUGUUGCGCAAUCUCCCCCCGUGUUUCUCUCGGGGACGCCUGAUCUACGUCUUGUGCAAAGAAGGCUUUGCUGGUACGUUUGACUUUAUCUACGUGCCCCUGUGCUUCAAGGAGAAGGUCUCCUUGUGCUACGCCUUCAUCAACUUCAUUGACACCAACACGGUGGCUCGCUUUUGGAAGCACUUCACAGGCUUCAAGCAAUGGGGAUUUCCCAGCGUGCAGGUUGCGGAGGUAUGCUGGUGCGCACGGCACCAGGGAUUGGCCGAAGCCAUCGACUAUUACCGGAACAACAGCGUGAUGCACUCAAGCGUACCCGACGAGUGCAAGCCUGUGUUGUUCCACAAGAACAACCGCGUCGCUUUCCCACUGCCCACCAAAACCAUCAAGGUUCCCAAGAAG